ACAGGUUUAGUAUUGGUCAGCAUGGGUUCGAGUAACUUGGCCAUCUUGUUAUUUGUACUGGCUAUAGCUCAGCAGCAUUUCUUACUUGUAAAAGCAAAUCCUGCUGUCGUGAAUAGUAACAGCGAGUCUGUUUCUAUUGACAAUCAAAUGCUUAGGGGAUCGAUGGGAAUACGAAAUAAUGCAAUGCUAGCCAUGGCCCCUUCACAUCCAUCGUUCCAGAACGCGCCUGAAAUCGUUUAUUCAGGUCUACAGCGAAAUGCAUUUGUUCCGGUAACUGGAACACCACCUCCUUCAGCACAAUGUUCUUCAACCGUCAAAGAUAUUCAGCUAGGAUUCCGGAUGGUUGUAAACGAUUCAUCUCCAGAUUUGAUACCGUUUUUUACCGACAUACUAGACAAGGGUGAGAUUGAUUUGACACGAGAAUGUUCCAAAAACAACGGGGAAUCCCUCAAAAUGGUGGAAAACGAACGUGAAAAUAUUUUAACCAAUCAUCAAUGGAUUACCGAAAAAUUUAAACUGUAAAGUUGAUGAAGGAUUUUUCGUUAUUAAAGCUUUGGCUCCGCACAUAACUAUGGGCAAAUAAUUUCUCAAAAAGCUCCAUUUUCUAUUGUAACUGAUGGAAAAGAAAAUGUUUUAAUAACCGGCACCCAAUUAAAUUUUACCUACUGGUUUUCUUGAUUUCUAAUUCGAAAUUCUAAUACACGAUUAAU